AUGCUAUGUUUCUCUUCUCAUUUGAAACCAAAUACUUCAAUAAAUACAACACUAGUAAACAUCCGACAUAGUUACUAUGACUUGGACAGCACUGAUUUUGACAGCAUCAACAAAUACCUCUCAGGUCUUGUGGAAAAAUGCAUCUUUGAUCUUUCCUGUUCUGGCUGUAUUAUAGUUUCAGAGGACCACAAAGUUGAAGCCACCACACUUGGAAGAAUUGCAUCUUAUUAUUAUUUGAAUCAUAAAACAGUAAAAAUGUUUCAAGAAGAACUCAAUGAAAAAUCUGGCAUUAAAGAACUUUUGAAUAUUUUAUCUAAAGCUCAGGAAUAUGCAGAGUUGCCAGUUCGUCACAAUGAGGACCAAUUAAACAGUGACUUAGCCAAACAAGUGCCUCUUGAAGUUAAUUCACAUACAUUUGAUUCUUCCCACACAAAAACACAUUUGUUGCUCCAGGCCCAUUUUUCUGGCAUUACAUUGCCUUCUUCAGAUUAUUACACGGAUACAAAAUCUGUUCUUGACCAAGCCAUUAGGAUUUUACAAGCUAUGCUGGAUACUUGUGCUGACCAAGGUUGGGUAGUGACAAGUCUGUAUGUCAUUAAUUUAUUACAAAUGGUCAUCCAGGGACACUGGUGCAACAAAAACACUCUUCUGACUCUCCCCCAUGUGAUGCCUUAUCAUCUUAACUGCUUCAGAAUUUCCAAGAAAGGUGGCCAUCAUGAAGUGCUUGAUUCUCUACCUGAAUUGAUUGCAGUCACAGACGGGAAAUUUGAAUUCCUUUUAGAUAUGCUUAAAGGUGAAAUGACCCAUGGCCAUAUUGAACAGGUGUACCAAGUGCUCACAAAACUGCCACAACUGGAAGUGAAUUUGAAAGUGAAAAACUCCAAUUCAGAAGGAUCUGGCCAAAUUGAGUCCAUUCCUGUGCUAAUAUCAAAAUCAGAUUCCAGUCAUCUUUCAAGAAAAUGGAUAAAAGUAUUUACAGAUCAAGAAUAUACACUCCAAGUGAAAUUAACAAGGAUUAAUAAAUCUGGGAAAUCUGAUUCAAAGGCAUAUUCUCCCAAAUUUCCUAAAGUCAAAGAUGAAGGCUGGUUUCUGGUCAUCGGUGACAUUGAGAACCGAGAACUGAUUGCAUUAAAGCGUGUUACCUGUCAAAGCAACCAGAGUCAUCCGCAAGUUGCAUUUUUUACACCUGAACUAUCCGGGCGUGUCAUCUAUACUUUGUACCUGAUGAGUGAUUCUUACCUGGGAAUAGACCAACAGUUUGACAUUUGCCUUGAUGUUAUACCUUCACCACCUUUGGCAGAGUCUAAAAUCAAUUAG